AUGGCUUCUGCGGCGGUCACACGACCUCAAUCUUCUGAGAAGAAGGCGAGGCCAAAGCAGAAGAAGAGACCAAACUACAAUGACAUCCACCGGAAUCUCCUUCCCAUCGAAGUUCAUCCCCUACCGGUCCUGAUACCUCACAACCCACUCUCCAUUGCCGCCAUCGUCCUAUCAUACUUGGCGCAAGUACUGUACCCUCCCACGCAGCCAACAUACAAUGGAUACUUCUCUUCCGCCACAUCGUCAAUCCAUGCCACGGAUCCGGACACGAUUCGAAAACUGUGGGAGAUGGGCUUUUUUGGUCGAGGCAAUUUGAGUCGAAGCGAGCCAACAUGGCUGGAGAAUCAGAAGAAACACGGCGCGACGGCUGAAGAAAAUACAGCAAAGCGGAGGGCGGAACGUCAGCAAGUCAAGCUGGAGAGGGCGAGAAAAGAGAAGGAAGAGAUUGAGAAGAGGCUGAACGACGAAUUGUUGGCCAAUGCGAACGGAAACAUCCUAAAGAACAACGCAACGGAUAAUGGUUCGAUAGCUGGAUACGAUGACUGGAAGAAGCAGGUGGAAACUAAUGGUCUUCCGACGCCGCCUCCGACAUCGACCUCGUCAGAAGACACGAACCCCCUCGAGACACGGCCGCCGUUACAGCGCACAAAGACAGUCCGCUUCUCGCCAACGAUCGAGGCACGAGAGUUUGAUCUGAGUUCGCCGGUCAUAUCACCUAUCAAAAGUCCAGGAUCUGCUGCGGUGGAAACGGAGAAGGAGGAGAAGCACGUGGAGAUCAAGAACGAGGAGCAUCUGACUCUGAGUAUGGAAGAGACGUUCUUCCUGUCGUAUGGACUAGGCGUGCUGGAAGUGUAUUGCGACGACAGUGAUACCAUUCUGCCGCCCUCGUCGCUACUAUCCCUGUUUCGACGGCACUCAUAUCAUCCAGCACGGUCAUUGUCGAUGGCAGCGGAGCCAGACGAUCCGUUUAUGCUAUCGUAUGCCGUUUACCACCACUACAGAUCAGCUGGAUGGGUUGUGCGGUCCGGCAUCAAAUUCGGGACAGACUACCUGCUCUACAACAGAGGACCCGCCUUCUCGCAUGCCGAAUUCUCGGUCACGAUUUUGCCGUCCUACAGUGAUCUAUAUUGGCAGUCGACGCAGGGACAUCGAGACUACGUGGCCAGCAAGACGCAGAAGACUUGGUGGUGGCUACAUGGAGUCAAUCGCGUUCAGCAGCAGGUGAUGAAGCAGUUGCUCAUCUGCUAUGUGGAUAUUCCACCUCCACUGACAGCCGGGGAGAGGAGUGCAGAGACAGAUAUCGGCCUCGAAUUGUCCAGGUACAGGGUGCGGGAUGUCACAGUCAAGCGUUGGACGCCAAACAGAAGUCGUGGUUAG